UUUUUUGGAAAUCAAGGUUCAUUCAGGCAGUUUAGUUAUCACCUUAAUUACUGCAGACAAAAACACAUUUUUCCUUCCAAGCUGACAACCUCGCCCCGCCCCAUCCUCCCGCUUCUCUUGCUCAGUAACCUCAGUAAGUAAAGAUGGGAAAGUGAAAGCUAGAAAGUCCAUACCUUGGCCACAGCUUUGGUUUGAACUUUCAAAUCUGGAAGUGGAACAUCUUGACAAAAAGAAGUAGUUGAUAUUAGGUUCCAGAUUUGCAAUGCAGAAUUAUGUCAGCAGUUCUGCCACAAAAAUGAACGAACAUGAAAAAGCAGCAGACUUUGUUGAUGAAAACAGGGCAAAGUUAAUCCAAGAAGUUUCUGAAGUGCUGGCGAUAGCAGAAGAGCUUGGAGACCUGGUCCAUCCUGAAGCCUAUGCACUGAUUGAAGCUAAAGAGACAAGCCAGGAAAAAAUGAGGGUGCUCUUUCAAAGAACACUGCGUUCAGGAGGGGUGACGGCCAAAGCAGCCUUCUUUGAUGCCCUUAAAAACCAUCAUCCAGAUCUAGUGGAGAGGCUUGGUGGCUAAUUCCAAAGCAGCUUUGGCAUUCCUGCAUUUUUUGGACAGAAGUGUCAAAGACCUUUCCUGCCCUUUAAAAAAAUGAAUCUUUUGUGAAAAAUAUGUAUUAUGUUUGAUACAUGACUUUUUGAAACCUCUACAUCAUCAGUGUGAUUUUUUUCCUCCUAAAGACCUAAAUAGAUUUCACCCAAAAUUUCUAAAGAUUAAACUGCAAAAAAAAAAUGUCAGAAUUAGCAAAUACGAUACAAUUUAAAGUCAAAUGUGCCAAUUUCUUCUUAUCGUUUUAUAAUUUGUCAAUAAACAGCCCAUUUUUUUAAACUAGUA